AUGCCAUUGAGAUAUGUUCGUUCCAAGGUCACUGCAGGAAAUGUCUUGCGUAUAGCAAUCACGACAACCGCUGCCGCGGAAAGUCUCGCUAACCUUGCCUCCUUCCCUCCUGCGGCCGUAGCUGCGGCUAUUCUUCUGAAAAUCUUCCAGAUUAUCCAGGAUGUGCAAAACAAUCGAAGCGAUUGUUACCGCCUGGCGAAUAGAUGCCUUUCGCUGUUGGUUGAUAUGAAGGAUCAGAUGGAGGACCGCUGGGAUGAUGCCCCCACAUCCCUCCUGAAGGCGAUUGGAAAGUUUGAACAAACAUUGGAAUCAAUAUACACAUUUCUACAGAACGAGGCUGAUAAGAAGUGGAAGACACGUCUGCUGCGGAAGGGGGCUAUCGAGGGGGCUUUAACCGACUUAAAUCUUGCGUUGGAUGAUGCGGCGAGAUCUUUCCAAAUUGCCACCCUUAUCAACAUACAUUAUGCCGUUGGCGAUAGAAGCAACAAAAGAGCAACAUCAUCCACUGUUGUGCAGGAAGAAGCAACUACCAAAGUCGAUACCACUAAAUCGGAAGUUAUAACUGGUGAUCUGACGGUCUUCGGCGAAGACUACGAAGUCCCGCCUUUAGCUAGCGACGAAUCACCGGAUGCGCAGUCCGUCGUUCGCCGAGGAAGUAAAAUAACAGACACUAAAUCAGAGGACCGGACCUCGUUUCCUAUACGUCGGAUUGACUCUGCCGAUCCUAUUGAAGAAGCCUCUAGCUCUCACAUCGAGCCAAUCUUCUCGGAUGUUGAAGUCCUCGAUCAUCGUGGUUUCCGCCGAUACCAACAGUCCGAAGUAUUUAUGCAGGGCCGAUCGCGCAUCAAGCGGGGGUGGUGGGCUGGAGCGACAGAGGUGAGAGUAAAUGGACAGCUCCAAUUUAUGAAGAGGUAUGAGGGAAACCGUGGAGUCACGGUGAAGAAAUGGAUGCGAGAUGUUAAAAUUUUGCAAAACCUAUACCACCCCAAUCUCCCUCAAAUGGUUGGAUACUCCUACGAAGAGUGCCCCACGCCGUUCAUUCUGCUCGCCAACGACACGACUGCCACAAGCUCUCGUUCUGGACGUAAUAAAAAACUCCGAAAUGGUUCGCUGCGUCCAGCUUAUUCUUCGUUUUGUAGUAUCGGGAUACAGUGGUAUACGUUUUUAGAUCUCGAAGAGCAACUCAAUGUUGACCCCCAUUAUAUCAGGAUGCAGCUCUGUAUCUCCAACAAUGCCGAUUUUCGCAUUUACGGCGAAGAAACUUUAGUAAUGGGGCUUCCUCCCCCGGCAGUUGACAACUGGCAGAGCUGGCGAAACUACGGCCUAGCGCACUCUGUGCGCGGGAUCUACCUCAAACUCCUGCCAACCCGCGGGUUUGUCGAUGAGCUGUAUGACCCAAGAGACAGCACAGUCAGCAUCGAGAAUCAACAGAAACACAGCCAUCUCACAAUUUUACUCAAAUCUCUUCUUCCGAGUAAUGAAGAGCCAGCAAAUGCAGUGUCACGUCUCCAGGCGCUCAUGCCGGACGAGGAUGAAGACGAGGAGUCGAUGGGUCGCGAGUUGACUUUGAAACAAUUUCGACUAGCAGCACUGAACACGAGCAUGCAUCAGACAACGUGGAGGCAGAAGGUAGUGCCCACAUACUACAAGUAUACUGUCGGCGAUGUCGGGUAUGUUCCUGAAGGAGGAGAUUUUGCGUCGUUCGUGGUUCUUUGCAAUGUGAUCCGAGACGAGGCUGCCACAGUGGAUGUAUCUGAGCGAGCGGUGGGCGAGCAGUGGCAGUGGUCUUUUGGGUCAGGAAGACAGGAGCUCCCGUCUUUUAUGCGACCAGAUGGAAAAUAUAGCUGGACUGUCAUGCUUCCGGCGGGAUCUCGACAACAAGUAACUAUUCUUCACGAGAAGUUUGCUCCAACUCCAGGACAGGCAUGGAAGUUUUUACUCGAAAAUGGCCGCCGCCUUGGGCAGCAGCAUAGUGUACAGCCUCAGGACCUGAUGCUAGUGACGCGAGUGGGCGUUCAGUUGGAUUUCGGUCUACACUGCAUGGGGCACCCAGGCGGGUUCCACCACGCUCAUCAUCAGGGAGUUUUUGGUCACUCGCCAUUCGGGAACUCUCAUUCCGCAGGCGGGUUUAGCAGGCCUGGCCAGUCCCAUUUUUCACCAUUUUCCUCGCAGCCCCCCAUGCCAACUAUACUGUAUUUGACCACUGCAUUUGAGGAGGCCUAUCAGCCUGAGUGGGUCAAUCCUGUCACCACUGGUCCCAGAGUGAAUUUCCACGUCUCCCAGCAAUCCUGUGGAUAUCUUAAUUACGUUCGCCUUCAUGCUGAAGACUUCGCGUAA